CUCGUUUUCUAUACCGCACUGCCACCGUCUCGCGGGUCCCACUCCGUCAGUCGCCUUGUGGGUGUCGUGGUGGUCGUGUCACCGGGCGCAUUUCACCACCUCUUGCCUUCCCUCCUUCAGCAGUUACGGCGUGUUUCCGCAGAUCUAGUAAAUUAAGAGAGAGAAAAUAGUUCGAUGAAGGUGUGAACAAUGAACCGAAUUAAUCCACAGCAGCACAUCACAAUGAUGCGUAGUGAACACAAGUGAACAAACACGGGACUAGGCCUAUAUCCUAGCAGCAGGCUCGUCCUGCUCUAGGCCUACGUCUUGGGACACACUACUUGGCGUGUCUCGGAGGCCAAGUGGAAAAUUAUAUUGCCUCCGAACACCCGAGGCUAGGGUUUCGAACUGGUGCCUCGAGCUGGUUCGCCGGGGUGUGAAGCUGGUUUAGUUCACUUGGGGUUUGAUCAGCUUCUCCCUAUGUUUUGCACUGGUUCACCCGGUAUCUGAAGCUGUUGCCAUCAGUGUUUAACAAGCUUCAUUAAGUGUCUUGACCAGCUUCACUCAGUGUCUGGAGAUUAUUCUCCAGGUGGUUCGAACAUCAACAACCAAGCUUUACGGGCUACAUUACUGAGUGUCUGGGUGCUGGUCCACCUGGUGUUGGACCAGCUUCACCAGGUCUCGAACUACAUCGUCAAGUCUCGGUAACUGGACACAGCCGUCGCCACCACAGAUCAAGAUGGGUCGGCGACGGACGAAGGCGCUGAUGGCGACGUUGGUGCUGGUGAUGGUGGUGUUUGGGGGUCUGAGGGGAGUAGUAGCCCCAGUACCACCACCACUGCCACACCCAACUCCACGACCUGACCUCCUAACUCUCACACAAGACUACUGGCACUGGAAAACUCAAGAUUAUCCUCAAUUUGCUACCGAGGUGAGAGUGGGGAUCAACGACAACACAGCUGGUCGUCUGGACAGCUACAGUAUGGAGCACUUUGAGAAACGCAAGGUGAAGUGUGAGGAGUUCCUACAACGGGCGGAGGAGAUCGACGCGACCUCACUCUCCUGGGAUGACCUCAUCAACCUCAAGAUCUUCAAGCAGGAGAUGACUACCUUCAUUGACAACUUCCACUACAUGAAGUACUUCGCUCCCGUGACCUUCCUGGCAGGACCCCAGAAGGACUUCAAGAGAAUGGUGGAGAAGGAGAUGGUUCUCACCUCCUACAACGACUAUCAGAAACUGCUGUCGAGGUAUGGUGAGUUCCCCCGCCAGGCCCAGGAGAUCAUUGACCUGUUAAAAGGCAACAUAGAGAGUGGCCUCAUGCCUUCUAACUGGUCUAUGGUUGGGGUGGUGGACCAACUAGACAGUUUGGGUGGCCCUGUUGAGGACUCUGUGUUUUAUAAACCAUUCUUGCACACACCCCUCACCAUCACCAGGGAACAAAGGACAACACUGAGGCAUCAAGCACAGGAGAGGAUCAAGCAAGACCUCUUUCCAUCCUUUAUGAAAAUCCGGGACUUUAUCCAGACGGAAUACAUACCUGCCACACGACCGGAGAUAGCAGCUUCGUCCCUGGAGGGAGGAGAUGAUUACUAUCAGGCUGUUCUCAAAUUUCACACCAGCAUGAAUCUCACGCCUCAAGAAAUCCAUAACCUGGGUGUCACGGAAGUGGCCAGGAUAGAGGAGGAGGUGCAGAAGACAGCGGCAGAGAUCGGGAUGGAAGGGAAGACCUUCUCUGAGAUCAGCCAAGCCCUAAACAAGGAUUCAUCCCAGUUUUACAGCAGUAAGGAUGAGAUGCUCAGCGCCUUCAGAAACACUGUCUACAAUAUCAUUUUUCCACUCAUGCAGCAGUUGUUCUCCACCGUGCCAUCAGACAAUGUCACGAUAGAAGGUGAUGAUGACCCCAACAGCAUAUUUGCAAGGUACAAUGCACCAUCUAUGGAUGGGACAAGACUCGGCACAUUCAUUCUAAAUUCCUAUAUUUACGACAAACAUAAGAAAUAUGAGGUGACGGCUUUGUCCUUACACGAGACCUUCCCAGGGCACCACCUCCAUGAACUCUACAUGCGGAUGAACCCUUCCACCCCGAGUUUUCGCAAGUUUGUUGAUUCUAAUCGUGUCACGGACUCCCCAUCCAAGUUUCCCCUUCACACUGUAUUCACAGAAGGCUGGGGGCUCUACUCUGAGUUUCUUGGAGAAGAGUUGGGCUUAUACGAGGACCCCUAUCAGAGGAUGGGGAGGUAUUCCUUUGAGUUGCUGCGAGCCAGCCGGUUGGUGGUGGACACGGGGAUGCAUGCACUGGGCUGGUCACGUGAGAGAGCAGUGGCCUUUCUCCUGGACCACACAGGGUUCUCUAAAGAGUCCAUACAGAUUGAAAUUAACCGAUACAUCACCAUGCCAGGACAGGCUUGUUCUUACAAGAUUGGCGAGAUUAAAAUAAAAGAGCUGAGACAGAAAGCCCAGAAUGCUCUCGGUGGUCUGUUCCGCCUGUUUGACUACCAUGAUGUGGUUCUGAGCUGCACUGGUCCACUGAAUAUCCUAGAGGAGUGUGUCACUCACUAUAUCGAAAGAAAAAUUUUGGACAUUGAAAAAGUAGAGGAGAAGGAAGGUGAAGACAUAAUCAUAAGCAGUAAUGAUGAAGAAGAUGGAUCUACAAAUCAAAGUUCAGAAGAUAGAGAAAAUGAAAAUGAAAAUUUGAAUGAGACAGGUAGAGCUGCUCUGUUUAGGGAUAAGACUCCUGUGAUUUUGACUGUAUCCAUUAUAUGUUUAUUUUUUCCCCAUCUACUAAGAUAAUCCUAUCUGUUAAUAUUCAAGGCAUCUUAGAUCUUCUGAGCUAUGUUCUUCCGUGUGAGUGGGCUGUAUAUUGUUUUGGCUUCCAAUUUUGUACAUUAGUGCGCUGUGUAGCUUAUCCUAUCAAAUCAUAGUCAUAUAUUGUAUAAUAUUUCUGCCAAAUAUAUAAAUUAAAUGGAA